AUGAUGGCACCCAUCUUCAUCAAGAGCAAGGAAGAAGCGCUCCCCGACGUCAAAAACUGGCUCCUUAGCGCAUUCCGAGAGAAGAAGGGCUACUUCGUGCCCAAGAAGGAUGUCUUUGGCGCCUACGCUGACUUCUGCGCCCAGCACCACUAUGAAUCCACCACCCCGGCCUCCUUUGGUAAAUAUUCCCUGGGGUGGAGACCAGGCGGCUGA